UAAAAGGAGGUAAGGAUUAGGGGAAAAGAAAAAAUGGAGUUUAAGUACAGCAUAAUCAUAUCCUUUGUGUUGUUUCUCUUGGUCCAUCUAUCACUGCCAUAUUUCACCGAGUCGUUGCCUCGAUGCAAAGCUUGGUUGGUCCAGUCAAUCCCUACAGAUAUGCCUCAUCUCCCUCGGGUCCCUGGUGUCCUCUCUACCGGUGAUGUAUUUAAAUGGUUGGCUUACAAUUCAACUGGCAAACUAGAUAUAAUAGCUCAGUAUUGGCAAUUGAAAGCACAUCCAGAGGAUUCCCGGUCAGGGGAUUAUGGAUAUUCGAACGAAGAUAUGCAUCGCUUCGGCGCGCAUCAAGGCUUUUCUGUGUAUACAGCCCUGGAAAAUGCUGCUGAUAGAGAUGUUGAUAUCAGGUUGAUACAGCACUCUGGAGUGUAUCCUGACUACACCAAAGAGCCCUCCGGUCUUGCUUCGAGAAGAGCAAAUGUCAAGAGUGUGACUUUAUUACUCGAUAAAUGGUUCAGCACAGGUGUUGUCCAUGCGAAAGUUUGGAUAUCGGAUAACCGGGAUGUCUAUAUAGGAUCUGCAAACAAUGACUGGAAAUCACUUACUCAGAUAAAGGAAGUCGGAAUUUAUCUUGUCGGUUGUCCUAAAGUAGCAAGAAAGGUUGGGGUCUACUUUCAUAAUCUAUGGAGACUUGCACAUCUUAAUGUUUCAGCUUUCACAACAACAAUAUUAGACCCGAAAUGGCAGAUUCAAAGAAGAGUUCCCUGCUGGUCACAUUUCAUCGAAUCUGACAUGAGAUGCACGCCUCGACUUCCUCGUUUCGUGGAGAUUCCUUAUGUGACAAGCUAUCCGAAAUUAGCAGACCCUAAAAUAUUGAAAUUGAUUAUUGAUGCUCCAGGAUAUGGUUACAUAAGUUCAGUGCCUCAAUCAAGCUAUCUGUCUUUUGCUCCACCUGAACUGUCAUUCGGCAGGUUCCAGCCCGACGAACAAGGGUGGCUCGAUACAAUUAAAUCCGUCGGAGAUGGAGGCACAGUAAGGAUCAGUACCAUGGAAUGGCUUGGCCAAUCCCAACAUACAAAGCAAACAGUUUAUUGGUCAUCUCUUUCAAGUGCAAUCUCAGAGGUUGUAUUCUCGAAGCAUGCAAAAGUGAAGGUACUUGUGGCGUAUUGGGCAAAUUUUAUUGAAAAAACUGAGCUCUACUUGAAGUCGCUUCUCUACACCAAUGUCCUCUGCUAUUCUUCCAAGCAGAACAGAUGUUCAGGGAGUGUAGAGAUAAAGUACCAUAAGGUGCCAGGUUACAACUUGACCGGACCGGCCAUUCACAAAAGAAAGCGUACUGGAAAUGUCUACCCAGGCUACACCAGAGUCAAUCAUGGGAAAUACGCAGUUAGCGAUGUUCGUGCACACAUCGGUACCAGCAAUCUGGUUUGGGAUUAUUUCUAUACGACAGCUGGAGUUAGCUUUGGGACAUACAAUCCUGCCAUUGUGUCACAGCUUCAAGAAAUCUUCGAAGCAGAUUGGAAUUCGCCAUAUGCUGCUCCCAUCGAGGAGUUGAGUAACAGUCAUGCUUAUUCUAGUUGAUACUCUUAGCAUUUGGAGAUUUAUACCAUAAAUUUUUAAAGCAUAAUCAAAAGAGUACUACUUUUAUUAA